AUGGACAACCUUUUCCAGCUCCACUUGAAAAGAUUGAGAAUCUUACGAGAAAAUGUUAAUUGGGAGAUCGAAACUGAGCGAUUUGAACUUCUUGUUCGAAUUGACAUCUUAUUCACGGGAUGGAUGAGCCAACUUCCAAAUCUUGAAAAAAUUUUUCAGAAGGGAGAAAUCGAUCGUCUUCUCUUGGAUUCCGUGAGUUAUGUAGGAUAUCAAAAAUAUCGUAUAGCAAAACGAUUCGUCGAAUUUGUGGCCAAGACAGGCUACAGACACGAGCCCGACGCCGAUGAAGGCGGCAAACUAUGCUCGCGUCGCACUACAGCUGUGCAUCGCGUGGCUAAACGCUCAGGAUUGUUAAAGUAUAUCGUACUCGACGAACUUUUUGAAAUAUUUAAUAGAUUCGACGUGAAUUACACGGACAAGUCUGGUCUGUCUCAUCUUCACGUGGCCUGCAAGUUUGGUUAUUACGACGUCGUCGAGAAAUUCCUGGAGGCUGGCCAGGAUCCUAAUUGCAUCUGGCAAAAAACAGGUGAUUCACCCCUACACUUGGCCCUCGCUCGGGGAUGCUGGUUUACGAGCGAAUUGCUGCUGAAAAAUGGUUCCGAUCCGAACCUAGCCAAUACCGCCGGGUCGACUCCUCUUCACUUUAUAUCCAUGAGAAAAAACUGUCUCGCCUUUGCGAAGAUGUUAUUCGAACUUAGCGACCCCAAAUAUCAGCCAUUGCAAGUCAACGUUCAGGACAAGUAUAAUGAGACACCACUACAUAAGGCUCUGCUUUAUGGCCACAGAAAAUUGGUUGAAUUUCUGCUGAGAAGAGGCGCCAAUCCACAUUUGGCUAAUGUAGCGGGAUUGACUUCACUGCAUGUAAUAUGUGGUGGAAAACGCGACGAUUAUAGCUUGGCGAAGAUGUUGUUCGAGCUUAGCAAGCAAAAAUAUCAGCCGGAGCAGAUCGAUGCCAGGACUAACUUGGGUAGCACGCCGCUAAAUUUAGCUGUGCCUGUUGGCCACAAAAACUUGGUCCAAUUUCUGCUGAGAAAGGGCGCAGAUCCGAGUAUAGCCGACAACGAGGGAUGUACUCCUCUGCACUAUGCUUGCCGCACGAGCCACGACGACUACAAAUUGGUGGAGAUGUUGUUGGAGCUCAGUCACGCCAAACAUCGACCGGUGCAAGUCAAUGCUCAGAACAGCUUGGGUAACACACCUCUACACGAACGCAUACGCAGCACUCAGCACUACGGAUCGGACUUCAUAGUCGAGUUGCUGCUGAGAAGCGGCGCCGAUCCGAACUUGGCCAACGAGAAGGGUUGGACACCUUUGCAUCUAAUUUGUCAGAGAGGCGAUGGUGAGCUCGAUGAUGUCACCUUGGUAGAGUCUUUCUUCCGGAUCAGUAAAGAAAUGAAUCGGACGGUGCGAGUCGAUGCGAAAGACAACUACGAUCUGACGCCGUUUCAAUGGGCUCUGAGGCUGGAUUUGAAGAAGAUAGCCGCAUCACUGCUGAGAAACGGCGCCGAUCCAAAUGUGGCCGAUGCGAAGGGGUUGACUAUGCUGCACAUUUUAUGCUCGGAUUUCGAUUGCCAUCGCUUGGUGGAAUCAUUUUUCAAGAUUUGCGACGAGCACCAUCAAACGCUACAAGUCAAUGCCCAGAACAAACAGGGUGACACUCCGUUGCAUUUGGCUUUGAAAAUCGAGCGCCGCGGCGUGGACAAGGUGAUGGAAUUGCUGCUUAGAAGAGGCGCCAAUCCGAACUUACUCAAUGCCAAGCGCUUGACUUCUUUGCACAUUGUUUGCACGAGAAGCCGCGACGAUGGCUUGGUACAUAAAUUCUUCCGAAUCUGCGAUGACAUCCAGCAGCCGGUGCGAGUCAACGUCAAGGGUAGAAUAGGCCCGACACCGCUGCAACUGGCUGUGGCAAAUCUCAAGCCGGAUAUUGUCGAUGCACUCUUGAAUCGUGGCGCUGACCUGUCUAGCUUCGUUUUUCCCACUAAACAUUAUUAUGGACUAGAUUUGCAACCGGAGAAAGAAAAAUUGAAACUAAUGUGUGGCGCGUUGGCCGUUGUCGAGCACCUAGAGGAAAGAAAAUACAAACUGGAUCGGAGAAACGCCAUGACGAUCAUAGAGUUGUUCGCAAAGUUUGGAUUGUUCAAAAUUUCGGUGGAUCUUGGCACAAAUUGGUACGAUGAGAAGUUCCCGAGCAUUGCAAAAAAGCUAAUGAUACGUCCGAGCCUGUCGCUUUACGAUGGGCUCCAGUUAGGACCCGUAAAAACGGAUAACCUACCCACAUUCAGAGAAUUUCACGAGUUCUGGCGCUCGGACAAUUUGAUGCACUUAGCGUGUCCUGCACACCUGUGCGAGAUAAUAACGAGAAGAUUUCUUCGCCGAUGGGGACUGAUGCUGGUACGAGGACCGAUCGAGUCCGAUAAAGUUUUUCAUCUAUGCAUUAGUUCAUCAUGUCCGUUGUUAUAA